AUGGCCACCGAAGAACCAAUCGUCGCCGUUGAACCUGUUUCUGAACCAGCGACUGCCGAACCUCCGGUCUCGGAGAAAGUAGAAGAACCCAAGGCCGAAGCUGUGAAGACGAAGAAAGCCAAGGAAUCGAAACCUAAGAAAGCUUCCAAACCAAAAAACCCUGCUUCCCAUCCUACUUACGAAGAGAUGAUUAAGGAUGCAAUAGUGUCGCUGAAGGAGAAAAAUGGUUCGAGCCAAUAUGCAAUAGCAAAAUUCAUAGAAGAGAAACAGAAACAGCUUCCUGCUAACUUCAAGAAGCUAUUGCUCCAAAAUUUGAAGAAGAAAGUUGCUUCUGGAAAACUUGUGAAGGUUAAAGGUUCAUUCAAGCUUUCUGCAGCGGCUAAGAAGCCAGCCGUUGCCAAGCCGAAGACAAAGCCAGCUGCCAAGAAAUCUGUGAAAGCUAAGCCAGUCACUAAGCCAAAGGCUAAAGCUGCUGGUAAGCCAAAGGUUGCUUCAAAGGCAAAAUCUGUUACUACCAAGCCGAAAGCAGCUGCCGCCAAACCCAAAACUGCUGCCGUCAAGCCGAAAGCUGCUGCCAAGCCUAAAACUGUUGCUAAGACGAAAGCAGGUGUGAAACCGAAGCCCAAGGCAAAUGCUGCAAAGGUUGCAAAGACAUCAACGAAGACGACACCAGGAAAGAAAGUUACUGUUGCGAAGUCUGCGCCUAAGAAAGUAGCUGUUGCAAAGAAAGCUCAGGUGAAGAGUGUGAAAUCCAAGACCGUGAAAUCUCCGGCCAAGAAGGUUUCCGGUGUGAAGAGAGGAGGAAGGAAAUGA